CACGACCAAGUACCUAGCUAGGUACCUUUUCGAGAAACCUGAUGCCAGAGUCGCCGGUUGUCAGGAUCCAUCUUGGAAGCAAGUCUUACAUUCUACACUCCCGAACAGCUUCGUGCAACAGCACCUUUCUACUUGAGUCUACCCGUGGCAAUUACCACCGACAAUGGCGAGCGCUGAAACCCAGUCUCGGUCGCCUCGAACGCCGAGGCAAUUUCGCAGAGCCAAGAUAGCCUGCAAGUCUUGUAACGAGCGACGAGUCAAAUGCGAUGUCGCAGACUCGCAGCCAUGCUGGCAUUGCAGGGUCCGUCAGAAGCCUUGCGAGCUGAUCGAAUCCCGCAGAGGAAGGUACCCGCGAACUCGAAAUGGCCAAAAUGGUGGCGCCAAACGCUCAGAAGGUGCAAGUAGUACUGCAGCAAAACCUACGGCGCCAAGAGAACACGUCGACAUCUCUACGCGAGAAUACGUCGAUAGUGCCUCUGCCAGUAUUGCCCUGGAGGAGUCUCCUGUGCAGUGGAUGCCCAACGCGCUGACUUCGACCUCGACCCAUGCGGAGGUGUUGCAACAGCAGCAGCAGCCGCCGCCGCCGCCAACGACGUCUCCCAUAUCCACAGUGGAGUCGGCAAAGAGAACCGACUCAGUGGAUGGCCCUGAAAUGCUGUUCGCCCGCAUGGCAGAGGUCCAGCCCAUCCACGACAGUCCGUCCGACAUCCGCGAGCAAUCCCGGAUGCUCUACCUCGGCGAAACAUUUACCUUGGCGUUUGUCGUCAAGACCGUCUGCAGUCCUUCAGGUUGUAGCAGUGACAUCAGAAAUCACUAUCCCAUUCCUGUCUCUGUCGCCGACAGACUUGACCGCCGGGAAGAUGACCCUGCGCCAUGCUUCCAGCAACAUGAAGAGGUCUUCUUGCAGGCCCAAGGCGCAUUCACAACUCCGACCAAAGAACUCAGUGACGAACUGGUCGCCGUCUUCUUCAAAUACUUCCAUCCGGCUUGGCCCGUCUUCGACCGGCGACUCUUCGUUACCUUGUACGACCGUAACGAAGCGUCACUUCUGGUCCUGCAAACAAUCUACUUUAUUGCGGUCAGCAUUUGCGACGACGAUCUCCUUGACCGCGUCGGCUUUACCGAUAGGUACCAGGCGAGGCGAGUCUUCUAUCUACGAGCAAAGGGGCUGUACGAUGCAGACUACGAAAAAGACAAAGUCAUCCUUGCCGCGGUCUUGUUCCUCCUGGGAUUUUGGUGGCAAGGCCCAGAGGAUCAAAAAGACACUUGGCACUGGGUAGGCUGUGCAAUCAGCCUGGCACAAACUCUGGGAAUGCAUCGGUCGACAGCGCGAUCUGGUAUUGAUGCACGACAACGGUCGCUGUGGAAAAGGAUAUUUUGGUCCAUCUACACUCGCGAUCGACACGCUGCUGCAGCUUUGGGCCGCCCUGUUCGCAUCCAUGAUCAAGAAUGUGAUGUCGAGGAGCUUUGUGAAGCAGAUUUCAAUUUGGACAUGGCGCCCGCCUCGAAGAUCAUGAUCUCGCAGGAAAGACAUCAUGCUCAAUACCCUAUAGCAAUGUCGAAACUCGCCAAAAUUUUUGGCCGCAUCAUUUUAACUAGAUACACCCCUCACAGCCACAACACUCUUCUGGAUGCCAAACUCAUCGGCGACGAUUUGAGUCGUUGGAAAAAGAAUUUACCCCCCGAAAUGCUCCUCCAGGACAUCGAUGAGGCAGGUGGAGCAGGAUUUUGGGCCUGCAUGCUACAUGCGAAUUACCAGACUUGUCAGAUUCUUCUAUUCCGGCCCAGUCGAGUCAUGGUCGAAACGGACGAAGAGAUCCAGUACGAUGCGAUUGCCAGAUCGGCCGCCGACGGAAUGACACGGAUCGCUGAGGACUUGCUGACCUCUGGCACACUGAGACAGGCCCAGGUGCAUUUGGCUCCUGCUCUGUUCGCCGCGUGCGGGAUGCACGCCAUCAUGGUGCGGCGCAAGAGUGCUAUCCAUAGCCAGCUUGCCGAAACGCGUGCUCGUCAAUGCAUGCUGGCCUUGAGCGAACUAGCAAAGUCCUGGCCGGUGGCGGGUUGGAUCCUUCGACUUUUCGUCAGCUUGAUGACCAGACUCACUGGUCACCUUUUCGACCCGGACCCGAAAUGGGGCAUGGGCACCUUAGCAGGGGCAGGCCCGGCGACAUCGUCAUCAUCCGUUGCCGCCGCUCCUCCCCAACAGUUUGGCACCGCACACGGCAACGGCAGUCUUGUACCUCCAGAGCAGCAACCUGGCUAUCGAACUCAUUCAGCAGAGAAAGGGUUUGAGGCCGGCCCAGGACUCUUACCGCCCACCUUGGCACCCGAAACCCCUUACCCGAUGGACCUGGGCUCUGAGGACCUGGACUGGAUAUUUCAGGACUCUCUCGACGGGUUCAGCCUCUACGAUCUCGGUCUUGGUUCUGGGCCGGCCAAUCCUGCAUUUUAAUCAGCAUUGUCAUUUUAACCAGCAUUAUCGCGAUGAAAGACUCACUAUACCCUUGGUCAAAGUGCUGCAAGUCGGCUAUUCGCAGAGUUGAAAGCCCAUGGACCUUGAAAUAUCCAGAAAAUUGGAAGAGAGCCAGUCACUCCCGUCAAGCUAGGCUCGCCCGGCAUACUUCGAAUCUGACGAGGUACUAGCAAGUGCCAGUCUUCAUCUCAUGGCUUCAGAUACUAAAAUAAGGUUGGAUGCCUGUUGAAUCAAAAUAGCAGCCUCUACUCGGGUGCUACUAGCAUUCUGAUGGCGUCUGGCAAAUAGUCUCGCAUGUGAACUUUGUAGAAUUCCAUGGGUCGCUGCGACGAUAACGAACAGAGCCAAGCACUCGAACAGACGUUCUUU